AGUCACUCGUCAUUGAUCUCUCUACCUUAGACAAGCCAGAUGAUGGAUUGUCGUUUGAUCUCUAGGUUCGAGGCCUCCCUAUUCCCCCCGGGGUAUUGGCUCACUACAGUGAUUUCUUUCCUUUGUCGGUCAUCGUGUUUUGCCUCGCCGACGAUCCGGGUUUGUGGCAGAGAUGCAACGUCAUCCACCCGUCCUGGGAGCUGUCUUGGCCUAAUGUCUCAACGCACAAAAAACUGCUGGAGUUCGCUCGGUUCUUGCAUAGAAAGCAGCAUCAAGCAGUCGCGCCGCCGGCAGCAUACCCUUGGGGUGAGGUCAACUUGUCAAGAGUUCUGGCAAGAUGGCUGUCGAUAAGUGGGACAGCUAGACUCAACACAAAAGUCGGAACGUAGGUAUCAACGCCUACGUUCGGAAGCUGUCCUCAAUUUCCGUCGGCUUACCAAAUUUUCUCCGGCAACAACAACAGCUUC